UCAAACCUUCUCCUCAAUCGAGUCCUCCCGUAGAUCCUCUUGACCCUCUGCCGCAGCGAUGACCUCAACGCUGUGCUCGUUCCCAACCUUAUCCAUGGGGUCGCGGAACAUUGGAACGAAGUUGCAGCAGAGCGCGUAGACCCAUGCCACGACGUGGAAAGCGACAGGAACCACGAAUCCAAUCGCAGUGGAGUUGUGCAGGUCAGCAACCUUUGCUCAUCAACUAGAGGCACGCACCACACGCGCCGCCGACAACCCCAGCAAUGAUCCAUCCACUCCCGCGCUUCGUGUGUCGUCCGAGACCCCGAAUUCCCAGCGCUACGAUGGUCGGGAAACAAACGCUCUCGAAGAAUAGACACAGCAUCAGCAUCGCGAGGCCCUUGUUCCCCGUCUGCGCCACCGACGCCGCCGCAAACGCAAUCACGAGCGAGAUGUACGCGAGGAACACCUUGCGCGGCUUGAUGCGCGUCAUAAGAGCCGAACCGGAGAACCGGCCCGCCGCGAAGCAGCCCUGUGCACCAGCGAGGAAGGAGGCGGCGAGCUGGUUGGUCGUGUUGGCGCGUGUUUCCGUGAUGUAGUUGAUGAAAACACACCUUGCGCGCCAGUGUAGCAGAAUUGAGCGAAUCCAGCGAAGAAUACCUUGUACUGCUUCCGGAAUGGUUUAUCGCCCGCGUCUUCGCCUGCAAAGAAAAAUGUCAACGCGUGUAGCCGGGACGCGCCAAGCUAACCGACCUGUGACUUCGGGAAUAACCGAGAAGAAGAACACGACCGCGAGGAAGAACACGAAGAUCGCAAUCGCGAGGUACACCCACUGCACCGUCUUGAGCGAGUUGACCGAAUCACCCGUCUGCUUGAAGAAUACAUAUGAUCCCAGCACGACAGAAAGAUACCAAGGUGAUUUACGCACCAGCCAUGUACGGGUUUGCCGCAGUCUCCAGACACCCGAGCCCACUCCCAAUGAUAAACGUCGCUCCACAAAAUCCACCGAAACUGCGCUUGAGCGCCGCGGGCCACAUCAGGAGCGCACCGAUACCCUCGAGCACCAGUCCGAGGAUGAAGACGGCACGGUAGCCGUAGUUGCGCAGGACCCAGUUGCCGUAGCCCAGCGACGCGAGCGGGUAGGCACCGAAGUAGGCCGCUUGGAGACCUGAUGAGCGCGUGCGGGUGAUGUUGAGGGUGUUCUGGAAGUGCUUGUUGAGGGUGUCGAGCAGGCCGUACGCGAAUCCCUGUGGUGAUGAAAUGUUCAG